UCUCUGAAUUCAUCAAAAUCUUCUUUGCUCAGAAAAAGAGAUUUUAUAUUCUGAUUAUAGAUGUCCAAUUGAUUCUUCACAACAUAAAAGAUUCACCAACCGUGUUUUCUGUGCGAUUUAACCAUAGAAAACUUGUUGAUUGUGUUGAAGAUGGAAGGAUUUGGUGUUUUCUGGAGCUAUAUUCCUGAGUUUGAUGUGUUAGAUUGAAGAUUUUUGUUGUGAUUUGAGUUGAUUGAUUGCUGUUGAAGUUGGAGAUUUAGGGGUUUUGUUGAGAAUCAAGGAAUUGUGUAGAUGUGUUAAGAGAGGAUUUCAUCGACUAAAAUGACAUCUUCUGAGGUUUCAAGUAAAGGUAACAGAGACACGUUUUCUUCGUCUUGUUUUAGUGAUAGAAAUGACGGAGCUGCUGAUUCGAGAAGUGGCCUGGCUAUUUCUGGUGCCGGUAAAGUUGACGCGGAUUUGGCUCUUUACAAGGAUCUAUGGCGAGCUUGUGCCGGUCCGCUCGUUACAGUGCCUCGCGAUGGCGAGCUAGUGUUUUACUUCCCUCAAGGACACAUUGAACAGGUUGAAGCGUCGACCAAUCAGGUGGCGGAACAACAGAUGCCGAUGUAUAACCUUCCGGCUAAGAUACUUUGCCGUGUUGUUAAUGUUCAGUUGAAGGCAGAACCAGAUACAGAUGAGGUGUUUGCACAAAUUACUCUGAUGCCAGAAUCAAAUCAAGAUGAAAAUGCGGUUAAGAAGGAACCAGCACCGCCUCCCGACUCACAGUUUCGAGUGCAUUCUUUUUGCAAGACGUUGACUGCUUCAGAUACAAGCACCCAUGGUGGAUUUUCGGUUCUUAGGCGACAUGCUGAUGAAUGUCUUCCUCAAUUGGACAUGUCAAGGCAACCCCCGACACAGGAGUUGGUGGCGAAGGAUCUCCAUGGAGCCGAAUGGCGUUUCAGGCACAUAUUCCGUGGACAACCGCGAAGGCAUCUUCUUCAAAGUGGUUGGAGUGUAUUUGUUAGUUCUAAAAGGCUUGUUGCUGGAGAUGCUUUUAUAUUUCUAAGAGGCGAGAAUGGGGACCUGCGUGUCGGAGUAAGACGCGCGAUGAGACAGCAAGCAAACAUACCGUCGUCUGUCAUAUCCAGCCAUAGCAUGCAUCUUGGAGUCCUUGCAACAGCUUGGCACGCCAUUAAGACCGGAACGAUGUUUACAAUUUAUUACAAGCCUAGGACUAGUCCGACAGAGUUCAUUGUUCCAUAUGAUCAAUACAUGGAAUCCAUCAAGAACAAUUAUUCUAUUGGGAUGAGAUUUAACAUGAGGUUUGAGGGUGAAGAGGCUCCGGAGCAAAGAUUUACGGGAACUAUUGUUGGGAUCGAAGAGCGUGAUCCAAAAAGGUGGCCCGAAUCUAAAUGGAAAUGCCUGAAGGUACGAUGGGACGAGACUUCUACCAUUCCCCGUCCAGAUAGAGUUUCACCUUGGAAAAUCGAACCUGCACUUGUGCCGCCUGCAAUCAAUCCACUUCCAGUUCAUAGACAAAAAAGGCCUCGGUCAAGCAUGUUGCCUUCAUCCCCGGAUUCCUCUGUUCUUACUAGAGAAGGCUCAUCAAAGAUACCUGCAACAGACCCUUCACCAGCAAGUGCAUUCUCACGGGUCUUGCAAGGUCAAGAAUUAUCGACCUUGAGAGGCACUUUUGUGGAUAGUAACGAGUCAGAUUCAUGUGAUAGGCCGAUUCAUUGGACACCUUCUGUAAUAGAUGACGAAAAAGCUGACGCAGUUAAUGCUUCUCGACGUGGGAGGACUGGUGAAUCCUCGUUCGCGGAUCUAUUAUCGGGGUUUGGGUCCAACAAUUGUUCUGCAAACGAAUUCUCGACACCAUCCAACGAAGGAAAAUUCAACUUGCACCAUUCAAAUCCAUGGCCCAUUAUGCCCUCGAGUCUUUCCCUCAGCUUGUUGGGAGGCGGCAUGAAAAACGGUCUUCAAGAUGUUAGGUACAGUGCAUUUGAUCAGUACUCUGUUCAUCCUAAUCAAAGGGGUGGACGGAUGCCUCCACCACUUUCUUCUUAUCUUCAGAUGUCGUCUUCUCACUUGAGUGAGGUGAUGCCAAAGUCUCAAUCGGUUAAACAGAACGAGAUCAUGAGACCAAAAGAUGGGAACUGCAAAAUAUUUGGUGUACCCCUUGCUGGUAACACAAAUAUAUCAGAUGCAGCAGCGGCAGCAGCAGUAGGGCAGGUGCAAUCACAGCGGUACCUCACUUUUGAUUGUGAUCAAAAGUUCGAACAAUCCAAGCGUUUGAAAGUUGCGGAUCAUUCAGCAGUUGGUAAAGAGCAGCAUUUGCAGGCGAAAGUCCAGGGUGUUUCUACAAGGAGUUGUACGAAGGUUCAUAAGCAAGGGAUUGCUCUUGGUAGGUCUGUGGACCUCACAAAGUAUAACAACUAUGAUGAAUUGAUUGGUGAAUUGGAUGAGUUAUUUGAAUUCAACGGUGAACUAAAGAGGCCCGGCAACAGGAAUUGGCUAGUUGUUUAUACGGAUGAUGAAGGUGACAUGAUGCUUGUUGGAGAUGAUCCGUGGCCGGAAUUCUGUGGGAUGGUUCGGAAGAUGUUCAUUUAUACACGAGAGGAGGUUCAGAGGAUGAAUCCCGGGACUCUAAACGAUGACAAUUCAUCAGUAGCGGAAGGCAUGGAUGAAAAGGAUACAAGGAAAAACGAGAAUGCAUAAGCAACUGCUUUCGUUCGUACGAGUAGGAUGAUGUGGUAGGUGAAUUAGAAGAGAGAGAGCAUAGCAUGAUAUCCAAUUGGGAACAAGUGAAAUAAAUAUGUGAAGAUAAGAUGAUGCUCCAACUUCUGCCACCCUUUUGGUAAUAUAUAAAUAUGUAGAAGUAUUUUUCAAUUUUGGAAA